UCUUUCUAUUCAUCACCAACAACAAUUCAAGCAAUAAUCUCUCUCAAACACCAAAUAUCAUAUAAUCAAACAUCUUUUCUUACAACUGUCAACCUCAAAUAUGGCUAAGUUUCUUUCCCUUCCCACCAUUUGCCUCUUACUACUAACCUUCACUCUAGGACUCACCAACUCCGCCCGGCUCCUAGACCAGAUGGGUCCUCAGUUCACUCCUGCAGACGAACUGCCGAGUCUACCACCAGUAGACGAUUCCACCAAUACUGUUCUGCCAAGUGGACAAGCCCCUGCUUUUGCUUCAGAAGCUCCAGCUGCUGCUGCAGAAGCUCCACCUGUUGCUGCAGAAGCUCCAGUUGCUGCUGCAGAAGCUCCACCUGUUACUGCAGAAGCUCCAGCUGCUGCGGCAGAGGCUCCAGUAGAUGAUGAUCAAACUGAACAGCCUACAGCCACUGCAGCUGCACCAGUAGCUGCUGCGGCGGCGGCAGCCCCAGAGGAUGCUUCUGCUGCGCCACUCCCUGCAGGACCUGCUCAGGGUGGUGCAGCAGGUGGUGCUGAACAACCCGGACACCCAACUAUCUCCUUCUUCAUGCACGAUGUUCUAGGUGGAUCCAGCGCCUCAGGCCGUAUAGUCACUGGCCUGAUCGCCUCCAGCAACGCUAACGGAAUUCCAUUCUCACAGCCUAACAACCAAGUAUUCCCUGUCUCCAAUGGAGUACCCCUCAUGAACAACGGCAACCUCAACAACGUCCUCAGCAACAACAAUGUCCCCUUCCUUGCAGGACUUAACGGUCAGAACCAACCCCAAGCCCAAACCAUCAUCCAAAAUGCUGGCUCCAACAGUGUUGUAAACGGUGGAAACAACAACCAGGCAUUCGUCACCCCGGGUCAACUACCCACCGGGUCAGCCCUCCAGAAGCUGUUGUUUGGUUCCAUCACUGUCAUUGAUGAUGAACUCACUGAGGGCCAUGAGCUCGGGUCUGGUGUCAUGGGAAGAGGCCAAGGCUUCUACCUUGCUAGCUCCCUUGAUGGUGAGAGUCACACUAUGGCCUUUACCGCGAUUUUCCAUGGUGAGGGUCAUGAACAGGAAACUGAUGACACUCUCAGCUUCUUCGGAGUCCACAGAACCGCCUCUCCGAUAUCUCAGAUGGCUAUCAUUGGAGGGACUGGAAAGUAUGAGAAUGCUAAAGGGUAUGUUACUAUUGAGACCAUGCCUGAUCAGAACCAACACACUACUGAUGGUGUUGAUACCGUUGCUCACUUUAGUGCUUACCUUACCUAGACAUUACAAUUAAGCAUUCAGAGUCCCGGAAUUUAAAUUUGUGUUAUUUGAUGUUUGUGGUUUUAUGUAAGUUGAAGUUUCAUUGUCUUGGUAUAUGUAUGUAUUUAUGAUGAAAACAUUGUAAUUUAAUCAGGAAUCAUGUGUUUAAUACUACUGAGUUUCUUGGAUUUA